AUGAUAUUUGCGCUCCGACUCAAGCAAGCGGUACCGUCGAACAACACCGCGCUGAUUCCGCCGUGUCCCGUCACAUCGCGCUGGGAACCAUUCAAAGCUCAAGCGAACGGCAAUGCACACCAACCGACCACCUCGUACGCCGGAUCCAAAACGGCAAUCCUUCGGCGACAUCCUGUCCGUCCAAGACGCCGACAAAUCUGCGAAUUGUUCUCAGUGAAAUCGUUCGCCUCGCCAUGCCUAUCGAUUGUCGACCAUCCUUUGACGAUGUUGUCCACGCACAAAGUGUCCGACAGCCUGGUUCGCCACCGUCGAUAUGGCCCUCUUGAGGACGUCGACAAAGACAACAAACUCACCGGCAAGGCUUGGCGAAUCACACGUCUCCGAGGGGUCGUCGCCCGGCGAGGAACAGCUCGUCUGAGGUUGGUUGUAGCACCCAUGAGUUGGCGCACCGAUAGCUCUCCGCAGUUCGUCCGUUUGACAGCCAGGAAAUGA